GCUUGGGAUUAAAAUGCAGUAAAUUUAUCCAGGAAAAGCCUCCCCGCAGAUUCCGCAGGCGUUUUUAGAUAGUAGACUGGCGUUGCCUCAAGGGAGUUAACGUUAAAAAAGAAUGGGGGCCCUGUGUUACACUUCUCGCUAUGCAUUGUGGGAUUGUUUAUCUCCCGCGUAAUGUAAAGGGCAGACUACGGUACGGUAAACAAGACUCUUGAGAAAGAAUCGCACAAAUUAGUCGUGAUUGAUGUUCUAAUUUUCCAGAGAAGACAACGUGGGCUAUGAUGCGGUGAUAUUGGUCAUUCGUCUUUUAAAACACACGGAUUUGGUGAUUAGACUUUGAGAAUUUAAUCGAAUGAAGAAAGCGAUUGUUUUAGCUUGGUCAGCAUCGAGUCGGCAUGUGUUCUGCCGUAGAAACUCCGAUUUCAGUCCCUGAUGCUAGCGAUAAUAACAAAAUGAUACCAAGGAAUGCAACGUACUGUGUCUUGGAUGUGGAAACUACAGGUUUAUCAAAACUAAACGAUCGAAUUGUUCAAAUCGCGUGUGUUAAAGUCAAGCCCACAGGAGACAAAGAAUCCUGGAUGAGCUACAUCAACCCAUGUAUGGAUCGAGAGAAACAACUAGCCGGUGGCUACAAAGUACAUCACUUAUCACCAGAUAUGCUGCUAAAGAAACCCAAGUUCUCGGAAAUUGUUGAAAGUUUAUGGAGAUUUCUUUGUGGUGCUGAAUACCUUGUUGCAUAUAAUUGUUUAUACGAUUGGGAUAUGCUUUGCCAGGAAUUUCGAAGAAUUGAUCGUACUGAAAGUGGUUAUACUAAGCUUGAAGAGGAAUUUGUUAAAAAGUUUACAUGGAUUGAUGUGCUUCGACUUAGUAUUUCCUCCUUUCCAUCUUUAUCUAAUCACAAACUAGAAACAGUUGCAAAGCAUUUAAAAAUUGAAUACAUGUCCAGGACUACUUACACAUAUAAAUCAAGUUUUAAUAGCGGGGAGGUAGAGGCAGUGAGCGUGACUGAGCAGAGUUGUGAUCCUUGGCAGGGCGGAGCUCAUGAUGCAAUGUGCGAUGUCCUGACCACUAACAGUGUGUUACAGGAAGCAAUGGGAAAACUUAAUAUCACACAACUUCAAAACCUUGUGUCUGAAAUUCCACACAUAGUUCUUGAUACUAUUUUAUUUAAGGACAUUGAGCAGCUUUUAAGCAAAAGACAAGAAUCCCUAGUAAGGAUUUGAUGCCAUUCUGUUUAAAAGCAAAACAGUAUUUUAGCAUUUAUAGGCCAAAGGGUAAAUUUUUAGGCAAAAUGUCAAAGGGAUUUCUUAUUAAAUGUACCAAUUCACUCAAAAUGGAAAGCAAUGUUGACGACAGAAUUAUUAUGAUUUAUGAAGCCGCACAACUUGAUCCACAAACACAGGUGGAAAAUCAAGAAAAAUGUGUGGAAAAUACAGAAAAGAUAUCUUCUACUUUGACACAUAUAUUCAAGCAAAAGAAGCCAAGGCUUGAGACUCAAACCUAGAGCUCGGUAUGCUCAUUAUCACGCAGAGCAUAGAACAAAGAUAAUUUAUUGUUUGCACUUGAACAAAAGAUUUUACUUUUUAGAAUAAGUAUUUCAAUUUCCUUUAUUUUAAAAUAUUUAUAUUUGUACAAAUUAUAAUUAUAACAAAUUAUAAGUUUGAAGCGUUUUUAUUAUGUAUCCAAAUAGCCCACUAAGGUUUUUCUUUGUGCAAAAACAUUGCCAAUAGCUGUAUAUAAAAUAUAUCUACAAUAAUUAUUAUUGUACCAGAAAUAUUAGUUUGAAUUAUUUCUGUUGUUCAUAAUUACAAAGCUGUCUCCAGAAGCCUUCAUUUGGUUUCACACAAGGCCUUUGCUCUCUGACCACGUUGAAAGCCUGGCCCAAGGAUAGAAGCCUUUUAUGCAUUAAAUAAGCAAUUACCACAGCAGGUGAUCUUGACACUCCUGCAUUACUGAAAAUAGGAAAAAAUAUAACAUUAUUAUCCAAGCAGUUAUUGGGGGCCAAUGCCUUAAGUUUUUUCUAGAAUUAUAAGGAAGAGCGCAGCUGUGUCCUAAUGGCAUAAAGAAAAUAAUUUCCUUAUAUUAUCAUAAUCAUGGCAUCCAGAUCCAUUUUGUGUUAUAUAAUGAAAUAAUAACAGGAAGUUUAAAGUUAACAGUAAGUUAAAAAGGGUAAGAGUGCAUGGUAAAAGCACAGGUAGCCCAGGCUCAUUACUUUUGACUAUUUACUAGAGAAUAUAUGGUGACUUUUCCUAUCAUUAAAUUUUUGUCUUAAAUCUUCUGACUGAGUUAAGUCACCAUAUAUUCUCUAGCAAAUUAAUGAGUAAUGAGCCUGGGCUGAAUGAGCCUUGAAGUACAAGUAUGAUGCUCAGCAACUGCUUGAAUUACAUUGAAGACACACCAGAAAGUCUAAACAAGCAAAAAAUAAUCAAUAAUAUUCAUUUUCCAAAACUAUGGGUCAUUCAACCCAAGAUAGCUUAGUUAAUGAGGAAAUGUUUUUUCAUAUGAGCACAAAUUUUGGUUCGAUUUCCAGAGGUCACUUGGCCUCUGGCAUUUACUGCAAAAAAAGCUGGAAAUUGAACCUAAAUUUUUGGAAUCUGACUGGUAAAAUUCUUCUUAUCGAGUUUGAAAAUAAGCUGAGUGCAAGUCAAUACAUUGGGUUGAUCAAA